UGCCAGCAACUUAACUUUGUUGUUGGGUAUCUUUUUCUUCAGUGUCUCUUGAAGUUCUUCCCAAAUUUCAACAGCCCCAGCAAAAUCACAGAAAUCUUUCUGCUGUUGGUCCAAGGCUAUGGAAAUAGGUUUCAGUAUAUUUUCUACAUUUUUCUUUAGUCCAGUGUUGACUACUUUGGCUGUGAUCGUUCCAUCUAUUUUGUCAUGAUUUUCUCCACAAAUUAUCAAAAUAGGCCAGUCUUAAUAAAUUGUUCAAAACACUCAACCACUGAAUUCCAUUGUACGUCUUGGGGAGAAUUAGUUUGUAUCCUCCUGCUCUCUUUGGUGAAGCUGAAAUGAAUUGGUGGUUAUAGAAGUGUUAGCAAUUUCAACUACAGUUUGCUUUAUUAUUGGAGUCAAGUCAUUAGCUGAAAGAUACACCAAAUGGCCAUUGCACCCAUGUGUUAUAAGUUUCAGGUUCCCUUCAUUAUCUUCUCAUCUUUGCUACAUUUGCAGUAUUGUCUGUGACAAAGCUAUGCACUUGACACUUGAAUGUUUGUUCAGAGCUUUUCCUGCCACUUCUUUUAGUAUUCUGCUGUAUGUGCAUUUCCUGAUGUAUCAGUUAUUUUUGUAAAACAGUCCCAUUUUCUGUUGUGUCACAAGCAUUAGUUACUAGAUCAUUGUGUACACUGCUCUCGCGAUCAGAGACUCAGAUUAACUAAUUUCCCUUCCAGUGUUUUUUGCAUGCCAUUCAGUUUCCUUCUCGAACAUGGUAUCCUGCAACCUUCCAGCAAUAUCUACUCUGCCAGGUGAUGCUUAGCCAGGUCAUAAUGAUUGAACCAUGUCAAUGAAAUGUUUAUUCUGAAAAAGGCAAAAAGGAGACUUUGUUACAUAAAAGAUGAAGAAGCUCUUUGUUAUGAUACAGAUUUUCUAUUUUGUACAUACAUUGUUUUGUAUAUACUGUAUAUGAUGACUUCGGUGGGCAGUGAACGUACCCGGGGCACUCGGGACAAAACACAGAUUUCAGUCACACCACCAACACAACCGCAGAAACAAGUAGUACAGGCAACAGCAGAACAGAUUCGCCUCGCUCAGAUGAUCUAUGAUAAGAAUGAUGCAGAUUUUGAAGAUAAAGUGAAACAACUUAUGGAAGUGACGGGGAAAAACCAGGAUGAAUGCAUAGUGGCGCUACAUGAUUGUAAUGGGGAUGUGAAUAGAGCAAUCAACAUACUGCUGGAAGGAAGCUCAGACACAACUUCAUGGGAGACUGUAGGGGGAAAGAAGAAAAGCCUUGGAAAAGAGAGUUCAGAAAACAAAGAGAACAGAGAAAAGCGAGGGGACAGAGAAGUGAGCCGUGGACGAGGAAGCUCCAACAGACGAGGAAGAGGAGGAGGCAGCCGUGGACGAGAGUUUCGAGUAGAAGAGAAUGGAGUGGACAACAGUCAAGGGGAGAGACCUUCAGAUCGUGGGAAGCGUGGCCGUGGGAGAGGGUUUGGACGUGGUCGCGGGCGAGGAGCUGGGAGAUUUUCAGCCCAAGGCAUGGGGACAUUUAACCCUGCAGACUACACGGAGACUUCUGCCACAGAUGGCUUUGGGCCAAAACCAGAAGUUUGGGAGACUGGUCAGAACGAUGCAGAUGAUGGAACUGAGCCAGCCCAGAGUGGACAUUAUCUUACUCAGGACCUGCCAAAUAAUUGUGGACUCCAAGGAGCAUGGAAGAAUUCGAUAGAAGAAUGGACAACAGAAGACUGGAAUGAAGAUCUUUCUGAAACAAAGGUCUUCACUGCAUCUUCUGUUCCAGCUGAGAACCACAUCACUCCUGGGCAAAGCAUUGACCUAGUAACGUUACUUCAGAAACCUGUGACCUCUAGCCAAGAAACAGAAGGCAUCUCUUUCGAGUCUCCCCAACAGCAGAGCUUUGGCCAAGCCCUAGUCUUCACGAAUUCCCAACACAACACCCAGAUGGCAACAGGACCAGGCAAUUCCAGUGCUGUCAACUCCUAUUCUCCUCAGAGUCUGUCUUCAGUUCUCUGUUCUGGGUUUGGAGAACUUGGAUCCUCUAAAUUAGCAAACUCCACUGGAUCGCCGCUCUUGGACCAGUUGAAGUCUCCAGGUUUGGGUCAGUUCACCUCUCCAAGCUCUCAGCAAAACAGCAGUAGCUCCACUGCCACCACCGCCACCACCACGUCAUCCUGGGAUCUAAAACCCUCUAUUAGCCAAUCCUCUGUCCUCAGUCAGUUUGACUUUAAAUCCCAGCCUGAACCAUCCCCAGUUCUCAGCCAGCUGACCCAACGACAGCAACAGCAGACACAGGCAGUCCCUGUUCCUCCUCCUGGAUUGGAGUCCUCCUCCUCCCAAGUAAAACUCGGAGAGCCAUCACCAGUAGACAGUUCUAUGGCUGCAAGCAAAAUGCUGCAGCUCCCCAGCAUGUCUAUGGAUAACCAGGCAGUGUCUGCCCAUCAAACACAGCAGAAACAGAUCAAACCACCGAAACGGAGGAUACCCCCAGCUUCUAAGAUUCCUGCCUCUGCAGUGGAAAUGCCUGGAUCGGCCGAUGUGACGGGGUUAAAUGUUCAGUUUGGAGCUCUGGAGUUUGGGUCAGAGCCUUCUCUCCCAGAGUUUGGGUCGGCCCCAAGCAAUGAGAAUAUUAGCCAGGUGCCCAGCAACAGCUUGUACUCGAAACCUGUAAAUGAUCCUUUGAAUACCUCUUUGCCAAUAUCCAAUACAGUACAGGAGUCCACCUACACAACUUCUGCCAUCACUUCUUCCAGUCUGACCUGCUCAUCCCAGAGCACUAGCCCCGUAACAACUUCUUCCUCCUAUGACCAGACUUCUGUGCAUAGCAGGAUAGCAUACCAAAGCUCCAUGGCUCCAUCGGAUUCAAUCCCUGUUGCAGUCACGAAUGGGCACAGUGCUGUUCGAACACAGCCAACUCUUGACAAGCACACGCUGCCACAACCAGAGCUGUCCCCUCUGAGUCCCUCAGCAAACCAUCAAUUCUUAAAGGGACAGGGCAUAGCUACUUCAUCAGUUCCAACGUCUAAGACAGAAACCUCUCCCUCGCUACCUACUGCGGGGUCUCUGCCUAGCACGGCGUCCUCCACUGCUUCGCUUCUGCCUUCAGCUCCACAGCACACAGCAGCGUUACCCAGCUUGCCCCAGUCCAGUGACUUGACCAGCAGCUCACUCUCCCAGUUAAGCAGUUCCCUCUCUAAUCAUCAGAGCAGCCUCUCCUCUGCUGCAGUGCUGUCUGCAAGUACCUCACAUGCGCACACCAGUGUUGAGAGCACAGCUUCACUCCAGCCCUCAACAACCUUUUCAACUGCUUCAACCUCAGCCACUAGCACCACGUCCUCGGUUGUCAGCAUGGCAAGCAGUAUGAACACUACAAACAGCCUUGGCCUGAGCGUUACCAGUGUGUCUAUGCCAGCUGCUUCUACACGGGCAGCUCCCUUAGUGUCUUCAGGCAAAGCUCCCCCCAACCUGCCCCAAGGUGUACCACCCUUGUUGCAUAACCAGUAUAUUGUGGGACCUGGAGGACUCCUGCCUGCCUACCCACAGAUCUAUGGUUAUGACGAUCUUCAGAUGCUCCAAUCCAGGCUGCCAAUGGAUUAUUAUGGAAUUACAUUCCCUGCUCCUGCAACCUUGACAGGCAGAGAUGGGAGCCUUGCUAACAACCCGUACUCAGGUGAUGUAACAAAAUUUGGCCGCGGGGAUUCUGCCUCCCCUGCUCCUGCUACCACCCUGGCUCAGCCGCAGCAGAAUCAGACGCAGACUCACCACACCACUCAGCAGCCGUUCCUAAACCCUACGUUGCCCCCAGGAUACAGCUACACGGGGUUACCAUAUUAUGCUGGCAUGCCAGGAGUACCCAGUGCAUUCCAGUAUGGGCCCACCAUGUUUGUACCUCCAGCAUCAGCCAAGCAGCAUGGCCUCAGUUUGAACACUGCUUCCACCGCGUUUCAGCAGCCAAGCGGUUAUGGACAACAUGGUUAUGGAGCAGGCUAUGAUGACUUAACGCAGGGAACGGCAGCUGGAGACUACAGCAAAGGAGGCUACAGUGGGUCAUCUCAAGCACAAAACAAAUCUGCCGGCACUGGACCUGGGAAAGGUGUUUCUGUGACCUCAAGUAACACAGGUGUGCCUGAUAUCAGUGGCUCAGUCUAUAACAAGACUCAGACGUUUGACAAGCAGGGAUUCCAUGCUAGCACACCGCCUCCUUUCAGCCUGCCAUCUGCUCUUGGAUCCACUGGGCCACUGAAUCCUGGUGCUGCCCCAGGUUAUGCUCCAGCCCCGUUCCUGCAUAUCCUGCCUGCACAUCAGCAGCCUCAUUCCCAGAUGCUGCAUCACCACCUUCAACAAGAUGGGCAGGGUGGAUCUGGCCAGCGCAAUCAGCCAAGCACCAUGCAGCAAAAGUCUCAGGCUACCAAAACCGCCUAUGGCACUUCUCCAUACUGGACAAACUAAAACCCAAACAAGGAAGGGGGGGAGGUAGGGGGAGUCUGAAAGAAGAAAAAGUCGAUGCCCAUUCCUGGAACUAUUAGGAGAAAAAGUAACUGCUCAGCCAAACGUCUGUGCGGGGAGAACUGCAGCCAGCCAUCCUUCUGUGGCGCUCGCCCGCUCCCUCUGAGUUGCUGUUGUAUGUAAUAUAUUUAUGUAUGUAUUUGUAAAUGUAAUAGAGCCUAAAUGUGGUUUCUGCAUCUUUGCAGCCUGUUUUAUUUUCUUUGUAGGGAGAAUUAAUUAUUCACUUCCAUUCUGCACCAGGGCAUCUUCCUUUAUUUGUUUUUGUUUAGCUCUAAGGGCUUUAUAAUCUGUCAAAAGACAAACUGUGCCAUUUCUGUUGAAGAAAGAGCCCAUUUAUUUAACGCAGUUCUUAAUUCAGGCAGAUGAGAAGGCCUGGUCCAAAAGACAAAUCAGGGGUUCUGUCUCCUGUGGGUUUGAUUUUUUUUUUUUUUUUUUUUCCCCCCCUUUCAGAUGUAGCCAUUACUUUUUUUUUUUUAACUGUUUUGUGGGCCCUCUCCCUUCUUUUGUCCCCUAUCUCCCUCCACCGCCGCUGGUGUGGAAGACACACUCUCGUGGACAGUUUUGUUACCGUGGCCACGAGCUGCAGCAGCAUCUUUUUAUUUCACAAUUUUUAAAUAAAUAAAUAAAAAAUUGACAGGGUUUUUUGUUUCUCUAGCAAGAGAUGUUGGAUGGCUCAGUCAGUGUGUCCUGGAACCUCCUUUGCAUCAUUAGAGGCAAAACUACGUAGCGGUUUCUUAAAUAAAAAUAUAAGCUGUC